GCAGAGGUCAAGGUGCUCUUCCCAUAAAAGUGCGGCAUCUAUUGUGUCAGUUAUCUAAUUUUCCAGGUUAUCAUCGAAUUCAACUGUUAGUAAUUGUUACCUUUAUAUUCAUUAAUUUACGGAGAGAAUCAAAUUUAUACCACUGAUUUCAUUAACGUGAUUUUUGCGUUUUUGAUUGAUCCUGAGAGUGAGUUGUGUUGUACAUUUUAUAUUUUAAGUAAGGUUCUUUCACGAAUUUUGUGCUGACAUUGAAAUGAUCGAUUCUGAUGAAACUUGUAUUUGACUCUUUGACCCCAUUCGUCAGUAAAAGUAAAUAAUAGAGACGUAAAUUUUUCUUGAUGCUAAAAAAGAAGGUGUAAUAACUUCAUGGCCUACAAACUUCACUACUGAUAGUAGCCUAAUUAUAAAAUAUGAUAUAUAAAAUUUUAGUUGCUAGCUAUAACUAUAAGUUACUAUAAUUUAUAUAACUAUACUAAAACAGCACUAAGACUAAAACUAUAUUAUAAACUAGACCAAGUUACUACUCAGACUCAGAGACUACUCACUAAUUAUUUUAAAUUUAUAAUAAACAUAUUAUUAAGGCUAAGAAGAUUAGUAAUAAUAAAAAGAAAGAUGUGGCGGCCAGCCCCAUUUGGCUACUUCACUACUUCACUUAUUUAAUUAGUCAUAAUUAGUAAACUUAACUUAGUAGACUGCCUAGCCGCCCUAGCUGCGCCCUAGAGUGACUUUAAAUGACUAGAAUAGUGGCCUAGACUUAUACCAUGGGCAACCUAAAAAAAUGGCAUGCAUAGUCAAAAAAAUGGCAUGCAUAGUCAAAAAAAAGGGCAUGCAUUGGCACACAGAGACCAUCAAAUAACAGAGUGGUCAUUCAUUUCGAUGUUGGCUGGGUAACAUUGAGCUAGCGGUAGUGUAAGUAAGCCAUUUAUCGGCUGGGACUAACAAUGAAGUCAGCUGGGAAUAAGGCGCGGCGCAAUGCUAUAACUUAUAUACACAGUCAGCUGGGAAUAGGUUGAGCUGACUGUGAAUAAUAAUAGUGCUAUAAUUAUCAUAAAAAUUAAAACAAAUUAUGCAGCCCAUAAUUCCACCACAUUUAAAAAUAUGCAGUUUCUACACGUCCGGCGACCGGACAAAUAGUUCGGGAGAUAUUCGGGCAAGUCACGUGACCGCCGGACAACUAGUAUGUGUCAUUAUUCCGGCAGAUGUGUCAUGUCACAAGAGGUCGCAGGCAAAAUUACAAAAAAAAAGUCUGUAUCUUGGUUUAAAUCUAUAUAUAUAAUUCGCCAGCAAAGGUCAAACACCACCACCACCAUAUAUAUAGAUAAUGAGUUCACUACCGCGCAAAAUAUAAUUCCCGAUAACUACGCUAAAUCAUUUAUAUUUUUUUAAUAAUGCAACUUCGUUUGGUGCAUAAUAUUUUUUCGAUAAUGAAAUCGUCUCAAUUUAAGUAUGGGAGUAUUGUGUAAAUAAAAUAUUUAUUUUAAAAAUGAUCCCUCUGUAGUUCGAGCAGGAGCUUAAGUCUCCCUUCUUUGGGAUCUUGAUAAGGUAUCCCUCUUUCCAAUCGGAAGGAACUUGCUCCUCUUCCCAUAUCUUCAUAAACAGAGGGUGUAGCAUUUCCACACUGGUUUCCAGGUCCGCCUUCAGUGCCUCUGCUGGGAUGCCAUCAGGUCCCGCAGCCUUUCCAUUUCUGAGUUGUUUAAUGGCCCUGCUAAUCUCUUCUUUGGUGGGACUAUUACAGUCAAUUAGCAGGUCAUUAUCGGCUGGUUGGAUAUCUGGUGGAUUUCUUGGUUCAGGCCUGUUCAGGAGCUCUUCAAAGUGUUCCUUCCAUCUCCCUCUCUGUUGCUCCUCACUUGGUAUGGUGUUUCCCAUUUUGUCCUUCACUGGUCUCUCUACCUUGCUAAAUUUCCCUGACAGCGUCUUAAUGGUAUCAAACAGUUCCCUCAUGUUCCCCUGGUGAGCUGCAUCCUCUGCUUCUUUAGCAAGAUUAUCAACAAAUUCCUUCUUGUCUCUCUUGAUGCUUUUCUUAACUUCCUUAUUUGCAUCUGCAUACUCCUUCUGGGACUUGUUUUUCUGUGCUCGGGUGCGGCUGUUAUUCACUUCUGAUUUCUUUCUUUUCCUUUCUUCUAUUUUAUUCAGCGUACCUGCUGUCAUCCAUUCUUUGUGUGCCUUUUUCCUGUUUCCUAGCACUUCUUGACAUGUUGACUGGACUGUUUCUUUCAUGCUUUGCCACUUUCCUUCGGUGGUUUCAUCUUCAAGUAUUUCUUGUAGGACUUGGAACUUAUUGAAUAGUGAGAUUCUGAAUUCUUCCUUUUUGGCUUGGUCCUUCAGGAGGGAGGUAUUAUACCGAGUCCUGUAUGCUGUUUGCUCGGUAUAAUGUCUCUUUAGUUUUAAUUUCAUCCUGGCCACAAGAAGAUGGUGAUCUGAGGCAAUAUCAGCUCCCCUCUUAACACGUACGUCUUGGAGAGAUCGCCUGAAUUUUUUACAAAUACAUACAUGGUCUAUUUGGUUCAUCGUUCUCAUGUCCGGAGAGACCCAUGUAGCUUUGUGAAUCCUCUUGUGCUGGAAAAUGCUCCCCCCUAUGACCAGGUCAGCUGUGGCACAUAGGUCCGCAAACCUCUCACCAUUGUCGUUCAUCUCGCCUAUCCCUUGCUGUCCCAUAACCUCUUCGUACCCUGUGUUGCUAUUGCCGAUCUUGGCAUUAAAGUCUCCCAUGAGGAUGACGAUGUUCCUCCGUGGGCGAUUCUGGACUAUGGUCAUUACUCUAUUGUAGAAUUCUUCUUUGUCUCCUUCAUCACUUUCAUUAGUUGGUGCGUAGCAUUGUAUAACAUCUAGGUUGAUGCUACGUUUCUUUGUUCGAAAGGUUGCUAAAAGAAUUCUAGGUCCAUGGGCCUCCCAUCCAAUGAGUGCUCCUUGUGCUGCCCUUGAUAGCAUCAUAGCAACACCCAGGGUAUGUGGGGCAUUGUCUUCUUCGUGUCCCGAAAAUAUCACCAUCUCUCCUGAGAUUAAUCUCUUCUGUCCCCAUCCAGUCCAUCUUGCUUCACUAAUUCCGAGAAUGGUGAGCUUAUAGCUCCUCAUCUCAGCGGCUAUUUGUGCCGCUUUACCAGCCUCGUACAUGGUGCGGACAUUCCAAGCGCCAAUGACGGUGGUAGUCCUGGUAGAGAUGAUGGUUGUCGGCUUAAUAGCUUCCAGGUUUCGGCUUUCACUAUUAGGCGUCAUAUUUUCCUCCUCAAGGAAUCCAUCCUCUCCCAGGACUGAAAUGUCUUUUGUUACUCUUUUCGGUGCUUUUGUAACUAUGAUUUUUUACAUGGCAGGGUUGUUGGCCUUGCGCACAACCACUUGGGGGGUUGCCCCUCACAGCUCAAUGGGUAGCUGCCUUUGUUCGGGUUAGGUCCCUAGCCUUUGUGGAUCCCUCCACUUCCUACAAGGCAGUAGGGCUGAUUUUGGUCCGCCCCGGGUAUUUUAUUUCCCCGGUACCCUCCAUAUCUGGCGGGCUUUCCCCUAUCCGCCGGCUGGGGAGGCGCUCGAUAGAAGAUCAGCAUCUCCCACGAGAAAUUAUUGGUAUGCUGAAACUGAAUGAAUUAGUAGAAGUCUUACUUUGACAAAGAAUGCCCUUUCCUGUCUUAGACUGUUAUUACAAAGGUUGAUAAGUAAAUGUUCACAUUCAUAGUUAACAAUUAUGCAUUUGGCCAGGGGUCUCAAACUCAAAUCAUCCGGAAGCCGCAGAAGGUAGGGUCUGGGUGAGACUGGGCUGCAUCAAGUAUUCCACAAAAAAGCGAUUACAAAUUCAAUAUAGUACAAAUGUGCUUAACCUAUAUUAAUAACAAAUAUAAACAUUAAGGGUUCUCAAAAACUAGGCUUCAAUUUCUUCCUCUAUAGUUUGAAGUUUGGCCCUGAACUUUGAAUUGUUAAAGUUCAUAGUGAAAAAGAGCUUUUCCCACAGACAGGUGCUCCAAAAAAAGGAACAUGAUUCACUUGAACAACCUGGAAAUUCAGGAAAGGUGGAGGGCAAUGCUCUCAUAAAUUGUCCAUGCUUGUCUGUUUUUCCAUUCACUUCCUUGAACUUAGAAUUGCACUGAAGAUCAAACAGCUCCAUUUCAAGCGAAAGUGGAGGUGGGGGCAUCUUUCACAAUGGAGGAGUAAGGGUCAGCAAAAAUUUGAAAAGUGGAUCUGUGUGUUUUGAAGUCUACAAACAUGUGAUCAAAUUCUUCCUGUAGCUUUGCAAUGGCAUAUGAAAACUCACUACUGAAUGGUGUGCCCAAGUCCAUGAGUACUUUGCAUGUUUGGAAAUAGUAGAGGUUUCUCUAAGAACCAUAACACAAGUUUUGUGCAGAAUGCCCUGACAUUGUCAUUGGCAAUACUGACAAGCUACUCCUUUUCUUGUAACUUCUUGUUGAGUAAAUUCAGCUUCUGUUUAAUGUCGACUAGAAAAGCCAAGCCCAUGAGCCAUUUGGGAUCACUUAGUACAGGAACAACCACCCCAUCCUUCUCCAUGAAGGCUUUAAAUGCUAAAAUGUAUUCAAGCAGUAGGCAAGAGCAGACAAUAUUUAUAAAUUAUUGAUGCAAAAGAAGAUGCUAUUGUAGGGAGAAUGAAUUUUGAUUUUUUUAUCAUAGAAAAAGCCUUUUUGACCAACCCUAUAUUGAAAAGUGACCAAGCUGACAUGCUCAGAAUUUCCCUCACUCGUAAACAGAAGCUGCACUAUUAAGAAGGAUUCCUUGAUACAGUGUCAGAUUGCUACGGUUUAUACAAUUAUGUUUGUGUAUUGCUCACUGACUUUUUAAACUUUUCUCAAACCGCAUUUCGGCCAUGUAUGCCUCAUAAAAUGCUAUAAAAUACAAACUUUUAGUCCGAUUUUAAAACAAUUUUCACCAUUAUAAUCAACGUCCAAAUCUAUACAAACAUAAUACAAAUUAGAAUUAUUAUAUAUCAUUAUAGAUGUGAGAAUGGGGAAAACGCGCGGGCCCCAUUAACACUAAACUUUGCUGUCAUGUAGCGGGUCCCAAAAUAUUGUCUUGCGGGCCGCAUAUUGCCAGCGGACCGCGAGUUUGAGACCCCUGCAUUAGGCCUUAUACUAAAAUAUAAUAGGCUAUCCUUAUCAGUAGUAGCAGAUGAGUAGUCAGUGUCAGUAUCAGAGGGAAAUAUCUUCAAAAAUAAUAUUUUACUUAUUUUACUUUUUAAAAAUUUGGUACCUACAGUUGCAUAUCAUAAUAUAUAAUAGGUCUAAAAUAUGCCUUAUUAUUUAAAAAAAAAAUUGCUGCUUUAUUGCCCUUGCUAUUAUUUUUCAGACUUUUCCUUUCUCUAGAAUGGGGGUCCUCAAAUUUUUUAAUGGAGGACUAGGUCACUGUCCCUCAGACACUGUUGGUAGCUGUACCAUAGUUUGAAAAAAAAAUUGAACGAAAUCAUAUGCACAAUAUAUCUUAUUUUUAGUGCAGAAAAACAGGAGCAAACAAUGUAUUUCAAAUAUAAUUAGGACAAUUUGAAUCAACAUAAACUUACAACUUUUUAAAUGGGAAGGACCGGCUUGCUUUUGACAAAAGGUCGUCAAUGUGCGGUUCCAUAUUUUUCACUGCUGCCCGGGACCAACUUAUAUAGAUUUCCUUUAACUUUGGCAACUCAGUUUAAAAAAGCAUGUUCAAAUCUUGAAAGAAUAGUCAUCAAGAUGACUAAACCUUGUUGAAAGGCUGGAUAGUACCCCCUGAGGCAGUGACAAGACCACACUGUCAGCGGUACGUAGUAUAUGUGCAAUCAGUGAAGGAAUGCAGCUUUUUGCAACAGUCAAUUUGCAAGACAGUACUGGACUCUCUUAGAAAAUUACAUAUCCAAGCAGUCCAUUUCAUCACUGGAGGUCUAAGAUCUACCUGAACAGCAGUGUGCCAAAUUCAUACUAAUAUUGAGCCACUAAAUCUUAGAAGAGAGGCAGCAGUUAUCAAGAUAGUUGACAUGUACAGAAGGCUAGACAAGCAUCUAAAUUGACAAAUGUUUGAAAAAUGGAGACCAAACCAUAGAAUUAAAACAAAAAUCUAUCUUAGAUGUGGCCUCUGAAAUCAAAGAGAAACACCACCUGACAAAGAAGACUUGCACGUUAUACCUAAAAACCUAUCCCAAAUGAACAUUUACAAAUGGCUUAUAUCAAAACAGACAUAAUUGAAAAGAUAGAAAGUUACAGACAACCUAAAUAUGAUAGCUUCAGAAAAAACAAUAGCAUCCUACCCAUAGGAUGUAAUUCAAAUAUACACAGAUGGGUCAGCAUUCAAAAGAGCCCUACAGGCAGGCUAUGCUGUACAAAUUGAGUCUCCUCACCAAUCAUAUAUUGAACUCUCCAACCCAUGAUAGGCAAUCUGCAGUAAUUAUGAGCCAGAAGUGACUGCUAUUGAAGCAGGGUUACACCACCUAUCUGGAAUCUUCAUAGUUUAUCCCAGCUAAAAAAAGAAAUGUUAUCUUAUCCAAAUGUAAAUCAAUACUUAUGGCAGCUGAGCAUCAAGAUCUCACAAAAAUAAUAGUAAAAUCACUACUUCUGAAAAUAAACCCCUUCCUCGAUACCUAAGCAGUCAAACUAACAUAACAGUGGAUACCAGAACACCACAAUAUACCAGGACAGGAAAUGAAAGAGCAGACAAACUAGCAAAACAGGGAGCAUCCAAUGAACAGCCAAACACAUCACUCAACACAGUGCAAAGCAGAUUAUCAGAGCUAACACAACGGUUCAAUGGAUGUGCUAUGGGCUCAACAGGAAGAUGUGUUUUCACACACACAUGCCCAGACCCCAAAUACACAAACGGGUCUUAAUAUUUUGCCUGUACACAUGACACAAACAACUUAAUACCGCAUAAAACCAGAUGAAGCACCAAUGUGCCUACUUUGCAACAUCCAAAUGAAACCUCUUUCACUGCCCAACAUUGCACCUAAACUAUUUACCAAAAUACCUUAAUACACCAACAAAGAACAGCUGUAGAGAGUGUGUACAUUCUUCACAGUGCAAUAUGCCCAAAUGGUUACUGGAUCUACAUAAUGAUGAUCUACCUGGGCACAUCAUGAUCUUGCCUGCAGGCUGUAUUUUGAGGAUGCUUGCUCAAGAAACUUUUAUAAUUUAUUGAAGUUGAAAUAUUGUUUCUUGUGAAAUAUUGUUUCUUGUAUUGUUGAAUCACUUGAAUUUGCUUAACAAUUAUAUAUAUAUAAGAAUGAGGUAGGCUGAUCACAACGCCAAAGAGACAAAGCGAUUUAAAUACGAUUCUUAAAAACAGUGAUAGUGAUUUUCUAUCAUUUUAAGGAAAUUGGUAAAUUUAAAUGUGAAAAAAGUAAAAGUUAUCCGCUCUUAUUUUAGUAAAUGUUUAAGUGUUAUUUUUAUAAAUUACAAAUAUAUUUAAAAUAGCAAUAAAGAAACUAUUUUAAGCAAUUUAUCCGAAUUGAAAAUUUAUGGAAAAAAAAAAAAAAAAUUUAAAUUAUGAUUUAAGAAUUACAUCAUAAUCAAAUUUAUAAGAAAGACCCAAGAAUCUUUUUUUUUAUUGCAUUGUUAUUAUUGAGAAUUAAAAUAAUUUUUUUUCAUUAAAUUUACAAAAUUACAAAUAUAUUUAAAAUAGCAAUAAAGAAACUAUUUUAAGCAAUUUAUCCGAAUUGAAAAUUUAUGGAAAAAAAAAAAAAAAAAUUUAAAUUAUGAUUUAAGAAUUACAUCAUAAUCAUAUUUAUCAGGAAGACCCAAGCAUCUGUUUUUUUAGUGCAUUGUUAAUAUUGCGGAUUAAAAUAAUUUGUUUUCAAUAAACUUACAAAUGACGUCAUAGCGGGAAAUGCCUAUUUUAGCCAAAGCUCUAAGUUUCUUUGAUUUAAUGGCAGUGUGUGACAAAACGGAUAUAUGUUUUCCCCUUCUUAAAAGUAAAAUCAAUAAAUAUAAUUGAUUGAAUUGUUAAUGAAACAAAGAAUUUAAGCUUUGUAGUUUUAACAUUUAAUAAGUUUUUACUUUUUUUUUCAUAUCAAAAAUAUAAUUUUAUUAAAUUUAAUAAGAAAAUGCUGUGUCAAUCAGUGCAGUGAAACUCCAUAGCAAAAUAGCAUUUACUAAUGCAUUUACACUCAUCUAAAUAAGAAUAAACCAUAUGAAGUGCAAAUAAAAAUGUGUGUUUGCGCACAUAGUGGGCUACAAUCCCAUGGAUGAUUUUUAUUAUUUAUUAAAAUAUUUGGGGUGGGGGAGGAGAUGGAUAUUUUCACUUUGCCCCAGGCAGCGCAAGAUACGCCUCAGAAUAAAGAAUUGAAUUUGAUAGUUAACCUUCUUAGGUACAUACAUAUCGAGGGUAGGAAAUAGGAUGUUUACAUUAUACAUGGAUAAUAUCUUUAAAUCCUAUGAUAUUACAGUUGUAAAAAAGAAAUGUUACACUUUCUUUUUACAAAUAAACAUGUUUACCAAUUAAGAAAAUCAAUGGCGUUAACAAAACGUGGGUACAUUACAUAGAUACUUUUUAAAGUAAGGAAUAGUGAUGAGUUUUGGCAAAAGCAGGUGGACAUUAUCGCAAAGUGCCUGCCAUUAUUAUCCUGAUAACAUUGGGUGAUAUUUUCUAGUUAAUAAUAGUUUAUUGAGGCCUAAGUAAGUAAAUGAGUCAUGCAAUUUCAAAGUUGUUAUUAAACAGGCACUAGGAGGCUAAAAUGAAACACUCCAAUCCCAGUCAAGGAUCAAGCAUUGAGUACUACAAUGAACUUACUGAAUAAUUUAAUAACAUUACACUUGUGUUAAUCUCUAAAAAAACUCAUACUAAUAAAUAACAUGUAAACCACUGAUUUGAGCUGCAUCUCAAUUUUAUUUUUUUUCAAGAUCAAAUAUUUUCAGAUUAAUGACUUUGGAUAUUUUUAAUUAAUUAAAUUAGACCCAGCUUAGCAGUUUGACUGAAAAGUAGCAGUUUAGGAAUAAUAUAAUAUCUUCUUUCAGAUGUCUGACUAUAUUGCACCAACUGCUGCCAUUAUACUCCCAAAUAUCGGAGGCCUUGCUGGCGGCUUCAUAACAAGAGGCAAUAUUAAAACAUGGUAUGAGGUCAGUUUCAAUCGUCUGGUUUAAAAUUAUUAAUUGCUACCUUUAUCAAUCCAAAUAGUAAUUAGUAAUUCUUUGAUUAAAACCAUAUUAUUUAAUAGUAGUGUACCAUAAAUAAUUUAAUUUCAUUAGGCAAUUUUUAUUUGUGGUGCAGAUUAUCUCGAUUCACUAAAGCCAAACAAGUUUUAAUUUAACUGUUGAAGUGAAACAGUUGAUAUAAAACCAUGCAGCAUGAUUCGUAGGGUUAAUUUCUCCAUAGAUUAAAUAAUGAUAAUAAAUUAUUAAACCUGAUAGCAUUAAAAGUAAUAAUAGUUUACUAAGACAUAGAAUUAUACACACUUCACAACUUUUUUGAUGAUGAACAAAAUUCUUAGAGUAAAAGUUUGAUAUUUAUUAAUAAAAUUACUAACAAAAAAACAUAUCCAACUGAAACUAAAAUCAGAAAGUAAACCGUAGCUCUAACAUAUUGGCAUUGGUGAAACUUGAAUUUAUAUAGGCUCAGGGAUACCCUCUUCCCCUUUCACAUUUAUUGUUAAGAUUGCAGAGAGAUGCUUAUAUUCAUAUUGUUGAUUUUUUUGUUUGUUUUAACUUUCAGAGGGGUUGUAUUUGGUUAAUAUUAGGUGUAAGUUUUGAUUAAAAAUAACACCCAAAGUUUUCCCUACACACCAGUUAAAGGAACUCUGAUUCAUACUCAAAUUCAGCAAAUAUCAAAACCUUAACUUAAAACAUGGUACUUGACAGAAAAUGUGUUUAUUUCUUUCAAUAAAGAUAAUACAAUGUACAAUAUAUAUGUCUUGAACAUUUGAACUAUAUCAUUGAUAAUAUACAACAUUUUAUAAGUAUUUCAUUGCUGGUAGUCAUUUUAUGCUUUUGAAUUAGUAAAUUUAGUAAUAUUAGGUUCAGAAGAAUCAAUGUCAAUGUUCUUUCAGGGUUUGAAAUUGCCUUCAUGGCGUCCACCCAACAGAAUUUUCCCACCUGUGUGGACCACACUUUACUGUACAAUGGGCUACGCUUCCUACCUGGUCUGGCGUGAUGGUGGAGGAUUUGGUGGGGAUGCUGCCUUGCCUCUUGCUGCAUAUGGCACACAGCUGGCUCUGAACUGGGCUUGGACACCGAUAUUUUUUGGUGCACACAGUCUUAAAUGGGUGAGCGUUACUUAUGAGCUUUUGUAGCAAUUUUACUCUUCAGGAUACGUAAGCCCAGCAUAUCACCGUUUGGGGGGGGGGGGGAGCGUUUGGCCCUCGCAGUUGCCUUUGCUUUGGAUCAGAUCUCAAUCAUUUAUAAAUCUCCUUUCUGACUGUAAGGCAGCAGUUGUUGAAGUUUUUGCUAUCACUGGGGUCAGCUGCUGAUCCUGAAUAGAAUAGAAAUUGUGCAACUUAUCCUUUGUGAUAACCUUAAAAAUGAGAGAUGGUCAAUCUCUUAGUGUGUUUGCUAUGUUUGUUUUAAUCUUAAGUUUGAGCAAAAACAGGGCUAUCCCUCAUUUUUAAACUCAACUCUAGCAUAUAAGUAGGUAUUUAACAAUCAUCGUACCUGCAUUUUUAAUCUAAUCAGAUUUUUAAAUUUACUUAUUAAUUUUAGUCAUUUAAAUCAAUCAAAAGAUAUAAAUACUUCAUUAAAUUCUUCUGCAUGAAAUUAGCCUUUAAAAAGAUAUAAUAAAUAUUCACAGUAAUAAAAAACCUUAUCUCAUGGCAUCUCCUCUAGUUUUCUUGGUCGAUAAAGGUUGCUUCAAUCUAAACUUUAAAUACAACAUUAACUCUUGACCCUCUGGCACUUGAAUAGUUGAUGCAAUUUUAAAAAUGUUACAAUUUUUUGUAUUUUUAGGGCUUAGUGGAGAUUGUUGCCUUAUGGGGGAGCAUAGCUGGAACCAUCUACCUAUUCCAUGGUGUAAAUGAGACAGCAGGACUUCUCUUACUCCCAUAUCUUGGUUGGGUCUCAUUUGCCACCGCCCUUACAUUCAGGAUCUGGAGGGAUAAUCCAGAGAAAAAGGAUUAAGGAGGAAGAAAUUCAAAUCUCAAUUUUUGUAGUUCACCAUUGCUAGAAUUUUUUAAAGCCGAAGGUUUAAUAUUAAUAUGCAUCUUAAGGGUUUUGAGGAGGUCAUUUUGUUUUUAGGCAAUGAAAUGUUUAAUAUUCUUGUUCACAGCAAGGGCUUCAGUUAUAAGAAAGUUUGUUUCAAUAUUUUAACCCAAAUUUAAAAGCAUAUUUUGAUUCUUAUAGAUUAUGGGGACAUAAAUGUAUUGAGUUUAAAAAACAUUUUUUUCCAUCAAUUAUGUCAUGGAUAAGUAAAAAAAAAAAUACAAUUUAUUAACCUUACAUUAAAAAUGUAUGUUUAUUUAUUUCUUUAAUUUUAAUCCUAAACAAUUCAACAAAACCUGGGCACUUCACCUCCCAAUCAUCUUACACCACAUCAAUGAUCAUCUCCAUUUGGGGGAACCCCUGAGCGUUAGGUUUGGCUUUUUUUGGUGAUAAAGAUAUGUUAACUCAUUCCCUCCUGCAAUGCUACUUCUGUACUUAAUUUAUUUGCCCGAGAAAGGGAAGUAACUCCCUUUUGCAAUUGGUUUACAUUUAUAAAAUAUUUAUUUAAGCUGCUAAAUAUUAUCUAAUGUUAAUGAAUUAAGAACAAAUGCAACAAAAAUGAAUAAGGUUUAAUCAAAAUAUAACAUUGGGGAGGGGGAGGGGAAUAAUGAACAAUGACCAAAAAAUCGAUUUUUGGCACCUCGGAGGAACACAUAUAGACGCACCGCACUAAAGCACACGUAGUUUAAAAGUGAAACAAGAAAAAAACUUCCAGUUUUUAAAUUGAAAUCACGCAGAAAUCACGCCAUCGCAGGAAGUUUCGAGAUAUGCGAGAUUUCAUUGCUAUUUUAAAAUAGAAAUGAGAGAGGUGUGUUGCUAUGCGCCGGGACGCAUUUGGAUGCAUCGAGCCAAAGCCCCAAAGGACGCAUUUAGUCGCAAACGUUGGGAAUGAGUUAACAUAUGUCAAUUAUGAAGAAGAAUAAAGGUUAUCCGUAGUUUAUUUAUCUUCUUAGGAAUCUCUUACUUACCAGUUGUAUUUGAUGAAAAGUCAUCAGCCUUAAAAAGCUGUCAUUUUAUGGUUCAAAUAGUUUCUGAUUAGGUGUGGUUUGAAUUGUGUGUACUGAGUUUUAAAGAAUUUUAAAAUAAUUUUUAUUUUUGCAAAUGUUUUUUCAGAAAAUCAAUUUUGUUUUCCUAAAAAUAAAUUGUAGCAGCUUUUCAUUGACUUGCAUGAAAUUUUGCAAUAUACUACUUUUGAAUGAUGUAAUUUUGACAACCAGAGGUGAAAACAUAAAUUUAUUUUAUAUCUAAAGUAUAGUUCGGCUUAAUAUAUUAUUCCUAUCAGCAGAGGAAUUACUUUUUUUUAAACUAGCCACUGAACAUGUAAUUAAAAAAAAAAAUCGUUACCAUUAGAACUUGCUGUUAUCCUUCUUUGCAUUGAACUAAAUAUAGUCAUUCUCUUGUCAUUUCUCCUUUUCAAAAUGUAUGUGAUGUUUUGUCAAUUCUGAAAAAAAAAAUGGAGUUUUGUGAACAAAAUAUUUGAUAAAAGUGUGAAUUUGCUUUUGGACAAAAAUAUAAUUUGAUGAUAUCUAAUAGUUUAACAUUUAAAAAAACAAACUUUUACACAUUCUUAUUUAUAAAUGUCUUUAUAUUGCCUUGUUGUCAUAUAUCAUGUAUCAUUCCGCUCGUUCAAGGAUCCAAAAAAUCAAUGUAUCCAUUGGUAAGGUGCAAAUACUGCAGUUAGACACAUGAAUAUGAAAAAAAAAUUUUUUUCGUUUCCCUUUCUGCCCAUAUGAUAGUUGUUUAUAAUUAGCUUGCUAUGAAUUCAUGAAAAUGGAUAAAUGAUGACCACCAUAUAUUAUUUAAUUAAUUUGUUUCUGUCAUUCUACUUGUAAGACUUUGUCAGCCAAAGUUUGUGUAGACUUGCUCAGACAAUAGAAGUUUAGACUUGAUGCUCUUGAUUAUCUUUGUGUACCAAAUGUUGAUGAGUGAUUUUUUAACAUUGAUUUACAUUCUGCAUUGUAAUCCAGUUUGCUUGUCACUGCAUUGCCAGUCAUUUUAUUGUUUUGAUUUUUUUGUUUGUGGUUUCCAUUCAUAUUUUACAAUAUGAAUGACAACUUUGACUGCUAGUUGAUGUGGACUUUACUCUAGAUGUUUUAUCUUAUUGCUUGGAACAGAUUGGAGAGCCUGGAUGUCUUAAAUGCAUUUCAAUUUCUUGGCCUUUUUACAGUGGCAAAGCUAGGGAUUUGGGGGCCCGGAGGCUUGGCCUCUUUAGGGGCCCCUGCAUUUUGACAUUUGACAUUAUUUAAUGUAAAAAAAAUUUCGGACACUCCUUUGGGGGCCCCCCCUCAAGUAGGGGCCCGGGGGGAAUUUCGAAUUUGGACUCCCCCUCCCCUAGCUACGCCACUCCUUUUUAUUUGCCUGAAAUUAUGUUUUUAUACCAUAACAAAUUAAUAAGAUGAAAUUGAACAAUUUUUGUUAUCUUUAAGAAUUCCAGGAACAAUGACCCUAAAAACAUUAGAGUUCAUGUAUAUUAUGUCCCCUGAGAUCACUUUGAGAAUAUGAAAAGUAAUAAACGAAGAUGCAGAAAGCUGUGAAAUUGAACAGCAGAUGACAAAAGUUGGUGAAUUAUUUACUAUUAGAUUCCUAGAUUUUUGUCACUCUUAUUUCAGCAUGUUUGGAGUACUUUCUCUUUGGUUAGUUUUUAGAACUAUUUAAACAGAAAUGUAGUCUUAGAUUGUCGAAUGUAAAGAUUUAAUUUUUAUUAUAAAUGGCCUAUGUUUGAUUAGUUCAUUUGUAGUGUAGUAAAUUGUAUUGUUUUAUUCAGCUUCCUUAUUGUUUGACUGUGUCUUAAUACCAACAUAGUCAAAAAUUAGAUUUGUUAGACUUGUGUAGACUAGUCUAUCAGCACCAGGAGUAGAUAUAAUGAUUAUCUUCAGUAUUAGCCAGCAAACAUUGGUCAUUGCUCUAGUACUAUGCUAUUAAAACUUGUUAAUUUCACCACCUGUGCUUCACUCCGUAUCUUCCAAGUGCCCAUAUUAUUUAUUUACUAGUUCUUUGGAACUUUUUGCAUGUGAUGUAAUGUAGUUUCUGGUCAGCAAUAAACAUUUUUUGUACAACAGAAUUCAAAUUUCUUAAUCAAUGUAUGCUCCUUGUCAAGGCAAAUUUUCAUUAAAUAGUUUCUGCUUAUUAAAACAAAAAAUCCUUGUUAAUGGUUGUAGGGACUAGCCUAGUACUGG